CAUAAGUUUACUUACAUUUAAUUGAAUUUCUUUGUUUAUCAUAAUUUCACUAUCAAGAAACACACAGAUUCACCAGAAUUGAGGAAUUCAAUAAAAUGAGCUUGGGAGAGAAAUAAUUACCUUAAGCUAGAAUUCAAAGAGUGAUAUUAGUUGUCUUUCUUGUUUCUAAUCUCUAUUUGGAGAAAAAUAUUACGUGUGAAAUAAAACAAGAGUUUGCCUAGCCUGUACCUCGAAUAUUCAGUACUUCGAUUAUAACACGUUACGGAAUUAAAAGAGAGCAGUCUGACUCCUAUCCUUGAAUGUUUUUAGUGUUGCAUGUCGUCCAUCAAGGGCAUUGACAAGCCCUUGGAAUGCAUAUAACAGUUCUGUCUGAUUCUGAUUGAUUUUACCAUUCAAAAAUACGAUCGGCAUCUCAUAUGUCUCCAAGGAACCACUUGUAUUAAGGUAGAUUCCAUGUCUAAUCUGUAAAUUAUUUUCUCACUUCAACGUUUCAUGUUCCUUUAUGCUGCAGAUAAGGGAAGCGGCUCGUGGAAGAAAACUGCUGGAAUAGUCGCCGUUGCAGGAGGAGCCUUAAUCCUUGGAUGUAGCGUCGGUCUUUUCUUGUACAUGAAUCGUAGGAAAAGACGACAGCAAUCUAGCCUCCUUUCUCAGAGCAUAUCUUCAGACAUAUACUUGAAGAACAACGACACUGAAUUAUUUGAUGCCACAUACCAUACACAUAUCUUCUCUUAUGAAGAGCUGAAGGAAGCCACAGACAGCUUCAAUGAAUCAAGAGAGCUUGGUGAUGGUGGUUUCGGUACUGUAUAUAAAGGCGAGCUCAAAGAUGGUCGUACGGUUGCCGUCAAACGCCUAUUCGAGAAGAACUACCGAAGACUUGAGCAAUUCAUGAAUGAAAUCGAGAUCCUCUCCUGCCUCCGCCACCCGAACAUCGUAGCGCUCUAUGGCUGCACAUCCCGACACAGCCGUGAACUCCUCCUUGUGUACGAGUUCAUCUCCAAUGGCACGUUGGCAGACCACCUCCACGGCCCUCUCGCGUCCAAAGAAGCAAUUUCUUGGCCCAUUCGUAUAUCCAUCGCCAUCCAAACAGCUGACGCCCUAGCCUACCUCCACUCAGUUGAGCCACAGAUCAUCCACCGUGAUGUCAAAACCAGCAACAUUCUUCUUGACAAAAACUUCCACGUAAAAGUCGCAGAUUUUGGUCUUUCAAGGCUGUUCCCCUUGGACGUGACCCAUGCGUCCACUGCACCACAAGGUACACCGGGGUACGUCGACCCUGAGUACCACCAAUGCUAUCAGCUGACAGACAGGAGCGAUGUUUACAGCUUCGGAGUAGUGUUGAUUGAGCUCAUAUCGUCAAAGCCUGCAGUAGACAUCAGUAGGAAUCGUCACGAGAAAAAUUUAGCGAACAUGGCAAUUACUAAGAUACAGAAUCGCCAGAUUGAUCAAUUGGUGGACUUUGAGCUCGGGUAUCAGUCAGAUUUAGAGAUCAACAGAAUGAUUGAUCAAGUGGCGGAGCUAGCGUUUCAGUGUCUGCAGUCAGAGAGGGAUAUGAGACCUAGCAUUCGAGAAGUCUUCGAGAUUUUGAAAAAAAUUGAAGGUGGAGGGUAUAACGCUGACAAAAAGAAUGUGUCAUCAUUAAUUUCAGUGGAUACCGUUAUAGAGAAGUGGCCUAGCAGGUCCACGACGUCUAAUAGUAGCAGUUGAAGUCUAGAAUUUACUUUGCUUUCUCAUCCUUCUUGUUGAUUUCCUCCGAAACUUUUCUUUGAUUAAGUGAUGCAUGUAAAGUUGGAAGUUUUCACUGGGAAGUAUGUAAUCAACUUUUCUUUGAUUAAGUGAUGUAAAGUUGGAAGUUUUCACU